ACCCUUCCCCGGCUUCUUCUUGCCUCUAGGACUAGGAGGCGGGCGGGCGGCGGCGGCCAGUCUCCGGAGCCUCUCCACCGCCAUCCCCCGCCUCCGCCCCACGGGCCACCGGCCCCGCAGUCCCCGCACCUCCACAUCCCCAUCCUCCGCCGGUGGCGUGGACGCCGCCCUGACCCCCGCCACCGCGCCGCCCUCUGCGAAGCACGGCGGCGGCGAGCGAUGGCAAUCGAAUGCCUCGUCCUAGGGGCGGGGCAGGAGGUGGGGAAGAGCUGCGUGGUGGCGACCAUCGGCGGGAAGCGCGUCAUGUUCGACUGCGGCAUGCACAUGGGCUACCACGACCGCCGCCACUACCCGGACUUCGCGCGCGCUCUCGCCGCCUGGGGCGCGCCUGACUUCACCAGCGCCCUCUCCUGCGUCGUCGUCACGCACUUCCACUUGGACCAUAUCGGGGCGCUGCCUUACUUCACCGAGAUCUGCGGGUACCACGGCCCCAUCUACAUGACGUAUCCUACGAAGGCUUUAGCUCCAUUUAUGCUGGAGGAUUAUCGGAAAGUAACAAUGGAUCAGAGAGGGCAGGAGGAGCAAUACAGCUAUGAAGAUAUUCUUAGGUGCAUGAAGAAAGUCAUAGCAUUGGACUUGAAGCAGACUGUUCAAGUAGAUAAAGACCUUGUGAUUCGUGCCUAUUAUGCUGGACAUGUUCUAGGGGCUGCCAUGAUUUAUGCAAAAGCUGGAGAUGCCGCUAUGGUUUACACCGGGGAUUACAAUAUGACACCAGAUAGACAUCUUGGGGUGGCCCAAAUUGAUCGUCUGAAAUUGGAUCUCUUGAUAACAGAGUCCACAUAUGCUAAAACCAUACGUGACUCGAAGCAUGCCAGAGAGAGGGAGUUCUUAAAAGCGGUACAUAAGUGUGUUUCUGGAGGGGGUAAAGUUCUGAUUCCGACAUUUGCUCUGGGAAGAGCUCAGGAGCUGUGUAUGUUACUGGAUGACUAUUGGGAGAGGAUGAACUUGAUGGUACCUAUCUACUUCUCAGCUGGUUUAACCAUUCAAGCUAACAUGUACUACAAGAUGCUUAUUGGAUGGACUAGCCAAAAGAUCAAGGAUAGCCAUGCAGUACGUAACCCAUUUGACUUCAAGCAUGUUUGCCACUUUGAGCGUUCAUUCAUCAACAACCCUGGUCCCUGUGUACUUUUUACAACACCUGGUAUGAUUAGUGGUGGAUUCUCCCUAGAGGCAUUUAAGAAAUGGGCACCAUCAGAGAAGAAUCUGAUCACACUUCCAGGAUAUUGUGUUGCUGGAACCGUUGGUCAUAAGUUGAUGUCUGGGAAACCUACGAGGAUUGAUUUAGACAAGGACACCCAUAUUGAUGUCAGAUGUCAGAUCCAUCAGCUAGCAUUCAGUCCUCACACAGACUCCAAAGGGAUCAUGGAUCUGACAGAGUUUCUUUCACCCAAACAUGUAAUUCUUGUCCAUGGUGAAAAGCCUCAGAUGGCUUUCUUGAAGGAGAGGAUCGAAUCCGAAUUGGGGAUGCCGUGCUUUUACCCAGCUAACAAUGAGUCUGUUUCCAUUCCGACAACCCACAAUCUCAAAAUGAGCACCACUGAAAGGUUCAUUACAAGCUGUGCUGCUGAGCAAGGUAAACAGAGCCUACGAAAGCGGAACCUGAUUCAUGGUACUGGUACAUCAGAAGUGAAUGUCAGUGAUGAGGGGGAGGCUGAGGGUGUUCUUUUGAUGGAGAGACACAAGGCUCCAAAGAUUUUGUGUGAGGAUGAGCUUCUCCAGGUGCUGGGCAUGGAGCGGCAUAUUGUCCAGUUUGAAGCAAUGAGCUCCUCUAGAAUUGAAGAGGCUGUUGAAUCGGAGUUGAAGCGGGCCGAGGCAGCCGAUUUAGGUAGCGAGGAAAAAUGAGUAGAACUGCGCAUGCUGUAAUUUGCCCCCUAUUCUUUUGGCUUAAGUUUCCCGGAAAAGCUCAGGGGUGCUCAGGGGUCGGAACGUUAUGCUAGGCUUGCUAAUGGGUUGGGUUGAAAUGGGUUUUAUGGGGUGGGUUUUUAAAUAGAGUGUGUUUGGAUGAGUUAAAAUGGGUUGUAUUAAUUAAUGG